AACUAGCUCACUCUGCUCUCCAACCUGGCAAGAGGAACAACACACAGCAAAUUGCUCUCUCUCCCUGUCUGUCCAACAAGCCGGUGUCGCCAAAGUCUAAAAAAAUAGUUUUCCAGGAUGAGUUGGCAGGAUUACGUCGACAAGCAGUUGCUUGCCUCCAAGUGUGUGACGAAAGCUUGCAUUGCCGGACUGGACGGGAACGUUUGGGCCAAGUCGGAUGGUUUCGAGGUUGGGAAGGAAGAGAUUGUAAAGCUGGUCUCGGGAUUUGAUAAUCAGGACAUUUUGACGGGGUCGGGAGUAACGCUGGCAGGACAGCGGUACAUCUACCUCUCCGGAACUGAUCGCGUCGUCCGUGCCAAGUUUGGCAAAAUCGGCGUCCACUGCAUGAAGACUCAACAAGCCGUUGUGGUGUCCCUGUACGAAGAUCCAAUCCAACCUCAGCAAGCGGCCUCGGUAGUUGAAAAGUUAGGAGAUUACUUAGUAUCCUGUGGAUAUUGAUGGAUGAGAAGGAUGAGGCUGUCCCUCCCCCUACCCCCCUUCAACCCUACAAUAAAUGCUUUCUCUUAUUAUUAAAUUAUAUUAAUGAGUUGGAUUUGACUAAAAAUGUUAGUAACUACUUUUUCUUCUCAACUAUACAUAAUACUACUUGCUACCAAACUACGAUUGAUGGUAAUUUUGUAACAAUGAUGAUUAUUACUUGUAAUAAUUAAAAUUAUAAAUUUACUACUACUAUUACUACUAUACUAAACUACGACUAAAUAUUACUGCUAUUUGCUAUUACUCUGCACUGCUAGUUAGUUAUAAAUUAGCUAAUAGUUAAAAAAAAUAAGCUUAAUAAAAAUAGUUACUUGCUAAUUAAUAAAAAAAACAAUGCGGAGAAUACCACGGAGGGAGAAGAAGAAGAAGAGGAUGAAGAAUCGGCUCAAAAUUUCUAAAAUGUGUUAAACCAGGAGAAAAAGAAAACUGAUAUGUAUUGUAUUUACGCAUCAUGGUCAGCCUAUAUAGUCAGUCAUCAUGCAAAUUAUUUUAGGAUACUUAAUGUUAUAAUAAUGCUGUGUGUGGGUGUGGAUUGAGGUUGAGGAGGAGAUGGCGGAAAAGUGGGCGUGAUUGGUCAGUCGUAUAUGUACGUUAGCUUUGUAGCCUUUUCAAAUUUCAUUUGAUUAAAGAGAAGAUUUUUUGAAAAUGAAAAAUAUA